AUGGCCGAAGUGUUGGGUAUCGUCGGCAGCGUUAUCGGCAUUGCCCAGCUCGCCGGUACCAUCAUCGCCACUGGGACCAGAUUAAGCGGUAUACUCAAAGAAAUGCAGGACAUCCCGGAUGAGAUAUCCAUCCGGCUCGAGCAGCUUCACAUGCUGUCACUAAGCUUGCAACAGUCAGAGGGUUCUAGCAUCACGUCAAUCCCUUCUCUGCACCACGCGAGACAGCAUUGUCAGAAGUGUCUCUCCGGGCUGACGCACAUGCUCGAGGAACUGACUGACAGGCUUGAAAGAUCUCGCGGGAUGAGAAGAAAGGCAUCUAUUGCGAGACAUCUUCUCCGAAAGGACGAACUUGCAAAAGUUGAGCGGCGGCUGUCGCAUUCUGUUGAGCUACUCACUGUCGUCAAUCAAAUGUAUAUGAUUCACCUUCUGGAGUCUCAAAGACUCCGUUUCAUACAUAAUAAUUCCGUCGGCACAUCUGUGCCGAUCCUCCAAGAAAGGACAGAGCCGCCGCUGAGUCUCGAGGGUCGCAGGGCCAUGUCAGAACAAAGGCUGAAUAGCACCGCCAAUUCACCGAUCGGUACCAUAACUGUCGAACACUCAUUCCGCAAAAUUGUAAAAAGCUCAUGGCCCAAGUCAACAUGGGAACUUGGCUUGGCUUACAUCACAGGCUCUCUUCAACUUGAGUUUUAUCAAUCGCCUUCAUCAGAUAUCACAUGCAGAGCUUCCGCUUCAAGCGAUGAUAAGCUUUCAUACCACGAAAAGGCCGACCAAUCGGUAUUAGGAGUACCGAAAGCCAGGAUAAAGAUUAGCUUGCCCACAUGGUGGUCGGGCAAGGUCAUCGAGGCACUUCUCUACAGAAGCCAGGUUGGAUGGAUGCAGCUGUUGAGGACGCGCAACAACCUGGCCUACUCAAGAGAGCUAUAUGACAGGGUUUUAGGCAAUAUAGAGAGUGGAAAUCUAGCAGAGCUCGUAAAACAGUUUGACCAGAGGCAGCUAGCCCCGUGGGAUGAGUUGUGGAGCGGCUGGAAUCUAUUCGCGGCCAAUGGCACAUAUGCUCAUUUCUUUUGGAUCGAGGAGUGGAAGCAUAUUUGGAUCUCUGCUUAUAUUCGCGAGUACCAACCACCCAGGCGUCGCUCCAGAUACCACAUCAAUGAUGUGGUUGUAGCUGCCCGUUUUGAUUCCUGGACUGGAGACCAACGACUCCUUGAUUAUCAACGAUUAAUCAAAGAGACCGACCAGAAUGACGCCUUGGUCCUGUCGCUCUUGAGUCAUUGGAAAGGCUCUCUCGUGUCUUUCACCAAUGUCAGACGCUCGGUGUGGUCAGAUGAUGAGUUUUACUCCAAAAGGUUCUUGAGAAAACGCAUGCAGCUCACCACCGGUCUGGUCUUGAACGGGCCAGUCAUUGCAAAAAGAAACACCGAUGUCAUACCCAUAACACGCUUUGCCCUGGAACAAGCAGGAAGUUGGACGCAAGCAUCGAUUGACCUGUCUAUCUCCAGCAACAGGGGCGAAACACUACUCCAUGGCAUAGCUGGGGUAAUUGGGUUGUUGAGAGGCCAGGAGCCAGUCGAGGAAUGGCUGCGUUUAAGUAUAGAUGUCGUUAAAAACUCAAGCCUGAGGCAUAUAUGCCAAGCCAGCGCGAUUAGCCGUGGGCCAGAUUUGGAGACACCACUUCUCCGGCUGAUUCAACGGUCUUUUGACCCUGGAUUUCCUUUUUGCUGCCAGAUGGUUAAUCAGGGCUCAUUACGAAAGCGCGUUCAGCGCUGUGAGACCACAAUUUCAUCAUGGUUGGGAGGUUUGCUUGUCGCCGGUGUGGAUCUGUUCAGGUAUGGUCAGGAAGAGGCCCAUGCCCAUGUAAAUGCUCCUGGAGUCAGGAGGGAAUUCGGACUUGACUUCAGUUGCGAUGAUGCAAUCAGCCACAAUUGGUGGGGUCACAUCCGGCUAAUUAAAUUCGACUUUGGCAAGUCUCCAUCGCAGUGGAAGUUUUGGUGGUCUGAGAUGACCGAUCAAUUUGCAGGGCAUUUUUGGCACAUGGUCGAAGAGCAAGAGAUAUCAAAUCUCAGAGUCCCGGGGGCAUGGGUUGAUGAUGACUUUCCCACAGGAGUCUAG